CAUAUGUAUUUCGAUAGCGCUUAAUGAUUGAGUUGCUGCAGUGUACCAAGUCGAAGAUGGGCUUUUUAUCCUUUUUGCCACUGUGCCUGGCCCUCCUGGCCUUCGGGCCCCGGCCCCUCGAGUGCCUGGAGCCCCUGACAAUGGGCGCCAUCGGUUUCGGGGCCCUGGGACUGGGCACCUACUUCAAGGAGCACACCUACUGCCGGUUCACCGAGUGCUGCGAUGACCGCAGCAUACGGUCAGACACGGGACUCUUGGCCGUCGAUCUGCAUGGAGUCCUUAUUGGCCAGCACAUUGUGACGCAGCACAUUCUGCCAGCCAUUGCGGCUCACGUUGGAAAGCACAGCAACUCCCGGAAACCGCUGGUCAUGAGCUUCCACGGGCAGCCCGGCACGGGCAAGAACUUUGUGGCCGAGCUGAUUGCCAAGUCGCUGUAUUUGGAGGGCUCCAAGUCGAGCUAUGUGGCCAAGUAUCUGGGCCAGGCGGAUUUCCCCCAAGCGGAACGAGUCGGCGAGUACAAGAUGCGGAUCAAUCGAGAGGUGCGACAGCAUUUGCGCAACUGCCCGCGAUCCCUGUUCAUCUUCGACGAGGUGGACAAGAUGCCAGCCGGUGUCUUCGAUACACUCGCCUCGCUGGUGGACUACAAUGCCUUUGCCGAUGGCACGGAUAAUACGAAGGCCAUCUUCAUCUUUCUCUCGAACACUGCGGGCAGUCACAUAGCCGAUCAUCUUGGUAACCUGAUGAAGUCCGGAAAACUGCGCGAGGAUACGCGCCUGAGUGACUUCGAGCCGCUGCUGAGGAAGGCCGCCUACAAUCUGGAUGGCGGGCUGAAGAGGACCACUAUGAUCGAGUCCCACGUCAUCGAUCACUACAUUCCGUUUCUGCCCAUGGAGAAGGCGCAUGUGGUGAGGUGUCUGGAGGCAGAGUUUUACAGGUGGAACAGAAAACCCGAUCCCGCAAUCAUCGAUCAAAUCAUGGCCUCUUCCAUCAGCUUCGAUCGCACGCACGGCCUGUUCGCCAUUUCGGGCUGCAAGACGCUGGAGAAGAAGGUGGCCAUGGCCAUUAACUAGGGCACCCGUCCGAACAGUCAGUGUGAUGCCUUUAACACAUACUACAUAUGUUUUUGUAUUUUUUGAAAAUAUUUUAAGGAAUAAAGUGAAAAGGGCAUUUAA